UAUCAGUGAUAUUGUAUUGAUAAAAUUUAUAAAUCGACAGUCGUGCAUCAAAAUUUAUAUAUGUGAGGCAACACACAUAUGAAGUUAUUAAAAAAUUCAAAUUAAUAAUGGCCACUCUGAUAUUUGUUUGUAAGAGGAAUAUGAAACAAUAUUGAAUUCUCCCGAAAAAGAGCCAGGAAUUUGUUUGCACUGUUCAUUCAUUUCCUUUAAUACGUUGUACUAGCGAACUGUGUUUUUAUUGUUGAAGAUUCCGUAGUUGUUUUGAGAAGCGCAGUAAUUUUCUAAAAUGCCCUAUUUAUGCUUAAUGCAAGAAGGCAAUGCUAAUUUGUCGCGUUUAAUUGAAAGAGCCAAUUUGAAUGGAUUUAAUGUAAUAGCGGCACCCUUAAACGCCAUGGAAAUUCCUCUAGAAUUUCAAAAAGAACCUAUGAACAAAGCGGAUUCUAAGUUUACUUACGGUGAUUUACUGUUAACUGCUGAUCAAUGGAAUACAAAAACGAUACUCAUGCUGUCUGAGCUCAUGGAUUGCGAUUCCAUAGAUCCUGUAGUAAGAAAAAAUUCGGAAGAAAUUCUAAAGAGAGACAUAUCGUGGGCAGAACAUUUACAGUAUGGCGGCUACAUACUCAUAAAAUUAAGGCGUGCCAAAAAUUUGAAUUUAGCACGUGUGAUCACGCAGCAAAUUAAAGGUGUUCUCUUGGUACAAGUGCCGUUAUAUAAUGCACCCGCAGCCCAUGCAGUGUGGCGUCGCGAUCUCAGUGAGGAAGAGGUAUUGGAUUUGGAACAACAAGAUACAUGGCAGUGGUGGAACCGUUUUCGUCGUGCAGCCGACUUUAAUUCUAAAAUGAAGGUGGUACUGGAAUUUAAUGAAGUUGAACGGCCUAGUUUAGAUAUCGUACGCCGUUGGGUCGGAGAACCACUGGAAGCUGUUAUUAUACCAUCGAAUUUGUUUAUACGCAAUAGGCAAAAAUAUCCUGUAUUACCGAAAGCAUGGCAGCAAGUUUUAAAAUGUGUUUUACAAGCACAUGCUAAUAUUGUAGUCGCAACUGACGCUAAUGAUAAUAGUCUAAAACUCUAUUCAGAUUACUUACAAAAUUUCCGGGAUAUUCAUAAGGACGCGCACUCUUUAGAAAGUUUCGAGGACGUCUUGGAGAUACCUCUGCAACCACUAUAUGAUAAUCUAGAUUGUUAUACGUAUGAGAUAUUUGAAAGGGAUCCAGUUAAAUAUAAAAUGUACCAAGAUGCAAUAGCUGCAGCACUAAUCGAUCGUGUGUCCGAUUCCGAAAUCCCGGAUAAAUUGACAGUGAUAAUGGUUUUAGGAGCUGGAAGGGGGCCUUUGGUUCGUUCUGCUUUAAACGCUGCUGAGAAUACUAAACGCAAAAUUCGCGUUUAUAUUAUUGAAAAGAACCCUAAUGCCAUAAGGACACUCUCAGCUAUGGUGGACGAGUUAUGGUCCACCAAAGACGUUCAUCUCUUCUCAAAGGACAUGCGUGAAUUUUCUCCACCGGAACAAGCUGAUAUUUUAGUCUCCGAGUUGUUGGGUUCCUUUGGAGACAAUGAAUUAUCUCCUGAGUGUUUAGAUUGUGCUCAACGUUUACUCAAAACCGAUGGUAUCAGUAUACCAUGCAAAUCUAUUUCAUAUAUCAAUCCAAUCAUGUCAUCAAAAUUGUAUAAUGCUGUACGUCAAGUGCGGAGCGAGUCAUUUGCUCGUGACAAACAGGCAACAUAUUUAACGCAUGCUGAAAGCGGUUAUGUCGUGCUAUUAAAAAGCAUCUACAACAUCGGGGUGCCGCAAUCUUUAUUUGAGUUUGUACAUCCCAAUCGUGAUCCGAUCAUCGAUAAUAGCCGCUAUAAAAUAUUGAACUUUCCGGUGGAAGCAGAUUGCAUUUUGACUGGAAUAGCUGGAUAUUUCGAGUCGACUUUAUAUAGUGAUAUAAAAAUAAGCAUAAAUCCGUCUACACACACACAUGGAUUGGUAUCGUGGUUUCCUAUGUAUUUUCCUUUCACGGAGCCUCUGGAAGUUAUAAAGGGACAAAUCAUUAAAAUUCAUUUCUGGCGCUGUGUUUCGAAAAAGAAGGUCUGGUAUGAGUGGUGCUUGACUUCUCCUUCUACUACCCAUAUUCAUAACUUAGGUGGUCGUUCCUGCCAUAUUUAUUGCACUUAAGUUGAUAUAAUUUAAAUAUGUACUUAUAGUAUAGCAUGCACACUACCUCAUUUGCUUAAUAUAAUCUUUAAUGUAAUUUUAUGGCGUAUAACCAAAACGCUUUUUCCGUAACUUUCUGAAUACGCAACUACAAUUAUUAUGUACAGUAAAAGUUCUUUAUUCGCGCUUCCUUCAUGCGCGUUUUCACUAUUCGCGGAUUAAAAAAAUGCGAAAUUUCUUUAUUCGCGGAUUAAUCAAGGCUUUUACAUUAGACGAUUAUCUAUUUUAUUAUAUUAGACGAACCUUCAAAAUCAUAUUGGAUAAUAUGGAAUGUAAUCCUGGUACGAAUGUUA